UCAGCCUGUCGCUCCUCCCUGUUCUGCCGGGAAUGAGCGCUCGGAGCCCGGCUGUCCGUCUGCUGUCUGCCCGCUGAGCUCCACUAUGCCGCGGGUCCAGCAGCUGUAAUGAAGCCGUCUAACGAGUCCUAUUCCCCGCUCUUUCUCGUCUUCGUCCCUGCAGAAGAUGGUGGCUGGCGGUUAGUUCCAAUUUCGGACACCGUGGGGUAUUUUUUCCUCGGAGAAGCGCACUGAAAUCCGAAGAGCGGUCCUGAGAUGACGGAGGUGGAGCCCGUGUUGGACUUCGCCACCUCGGGUCGGUCGGGCCGGAGGAACGCUCUGCCCGACAUCCUGGGGUCUCCGGCAGGCGUUAACCCCGGAGAUCUGCCUCUGAAACUGGCUGAGAUGACCCUCAAAGAUGGUCCUGGAGGGGCCCAGUCCCCGACGGCGGAGGGGCCUCCAGCGCCGCCCGAGGGCUCGGAGGGGAAUGAGGGAUCGUAGGGAAGUUGGUUUAUUUUCCUCCCCGGAGACCUGCAGAGAUUACCUGAGCGACGGGACGAGUUACAGAGGGAAGGUCUGUGGAGAGUCGGACUGUUUGAGAAGCAGCUGAGCUCCACCAGAGAAACAGAAACUCCCCGAGGACCAGCACUCCAGACGUCACUUAGCUAUGACCCAGUGAGUGUGUGUGUGUGUGUGUGUGUGUGUUUGUGUGUGUGUGUGUGUGUGAGUUAUAAACCCACCACUGACACUGAGAAUCAAAGGGACCAUGACAGAUUGUACACUAUUUUUGUAUGAUUUAUUUAAGAACAAACUGAUAGACAAUGUGUUCCUGCUGUUGUACGCUGAUGUGUGUUCCUUUGCAUUGAGCUGGAUGCUAGAUUAGAUUUAAGGAAACUGGGAAUUUUUUCUGUGUCGUCUCUGCUUUUACACUAAAUGUGUACGAUCUACUGUAUGUUUUACAAUCUGAGACUGCUGUACAGUAUAUCUACAUGUUAAAUGGACAGUUUGUACCCUUCACUGCAGACUGUUUUUGAUCCUAUCACAGGGAUUUAAUACUUUUUUUCAAGGUCCAUACUCUUUAUCUUGAGACUUUUCUUUAGAGCGUAGUGUCCCACUGCCAGUCAUAUAAACCCUGAUCAUUAUAACACAGGGAAAUGUCAAAUUUCCUUUUUAAAAAAUAUUUUCCAAACCUCUGAACAUGUGCCUGGUGGCAGUUCACAACCCGAAACGUGUGUUGUGUUCUUUCUCUGUGAAGUACUGUUAUUGACUUCCUCAGUUUUAAUAGGAGGUAUCAUCUUGAAGUGUAAAUAAAGAUAAAAAAAACACUUUUCUAAUUUUCUGCGGACCUGCAGAUGCUACAUUUGUCAGGAAAUGAACUUAAACUUCGGCAGGGCUUUUCCAGCAGCAUAUGGCCGCCGGCUGAACUCGAGAGGGAGCGACACGACCGUGAAAAUGUGUUUGGAGUCACCGGAAAAAAAUAAAAAAUGGCAGCACAGUCGCCUUCUGCCUCUCAGCACGGAGAACCAGUGUGUUCACACUCAUUAACACACACACAGAGCUGUGAAGAGAGAGAAACUGAGAGUCACUGCUACUGUAUAUAUACUGUGUUGUAGUGUAACCCGUGUGUGUGUGUCAUACACAGUGGUGGGAUGUAACUGAGUACUGAUUUCAUGUACUUGAGUAUUUCCAUGUAAUGCUACUUUAUACUCCUACUCCAUUGCAUUUCAGUCGUAAACGUCAUACUUUUCACUGCACUACGUUUCAUAUUCCAGCUGCUUUUUGUGAUAAGAGACAUCAUUGUUCUUGCAUCACAGCAGCUCCAUUUGCAACAAAAACUAGGACACAUAUUAGGAGACGAAACAGACAAUUAAAAGUGACUGAACUCAACGUGUUCAGGAGCCUUUAACGUCUAAUAUGCUGAAUCCAUAGUGAAGUAAAAAUAGAUGAUACCAUCAAUACAACUUGAUUUAUAAAGUUCCUUUCGAGCAAAUGAAAUGCUUAACAAGCAGUUGAAUACACUGAAAUGUUAAAAGUAGUAAAUGUUAAACAAAAUCGAGCAAUAAAGUGUUAACAGUGUUAAAGUGCAGGGAAAUAAACAAUAAAGAUAUUAAUAAAAGAAGAGUAAAAAACAAAACCAGAGAGUUAUAAAAUACUUAAUAAAAGCCAGAUUUAAAAAAUGCGUUUCAGUUUAUGUUAAAAAAUAUUCAUUUGAAAAAUCUAUAUAUUUUAAUAAUGCAGUACUUCACUACAAAUCAACCCACUUUAGAAGUAUCUAAAAGUGGUACCACAUUGAACAUUGAAAUGCUCUUACAGUACAUGUAUGUGUUAACACUAUAAUAUUCUAUAAUAAUAUAUUACUGUGAAACAAAGAUAUUCUAACGAUACCUUUAAUCUUGAUACUUUAAUUACAUUUACCUGAUAAUAAUUAUUCAAUUUUACUUGAGUAACCUAUUGGUUUCUGGGCUUGUAUUGGAAUAUUUUAAGACUAGUAUUUCUGCUUCUUUAACAAGUUCAACAUUAACAAACUACAAUAUGAAAUGCCCUUACAGUACAUGUAUUUGUGAGGGAUAAACAAUUAUAAUUAUACUAUAUUACUGUGAAAAGAGCCAUUCUGCAUAACAAGUGCUUAUGAGAGGACAUUUAGCUGAUAAUACUUCGUACAUUUCUAUUGAUUUCAGGACUUGUAAUGGAGUAGUUUUAGACUGUAGUAUUCCUGAAGUAAAGGAGUAUUGUUCCACCACUUGUCAUACAGUACACACAGUACUUCUUCUCAUACAGUACACGCAGUACUUCUUUUCAUAUAAUACACACAAUACUUCUUCUCAUACUGUACACACAGAAGCUGUUGUGUAGUCGUCUCUCUGUGACGGUGUUUUGGUGGACGUGUCUUUCUGUGGAUGUUUCUUCACGAUGCAAAGCCUGGAGUGCUGCUCUGUUUCUGAUGCUGUACUUACUGAGGAAGUGUUAUACAGGAUAUAUAACAUUUAUUUUGGGUUGAUGAGUCAGAGGUGUAUUUUGUAGUGUCCCUGAUCUCUGAGUGGUGCGUUUAUUUUACUUAGCUGGACUGAAUCCUGUGUGUUGAUUCUAUCUGCUGGUGAAAAUUGCCAUAUUAAAUCCACAAGCUUUACAUAAA